AUGAACUUCAUUUUCAUUGGCGACAGCCUCCACCCCAACUUCUUCACCCACGACACCUUCUUCACCUGCGCCUCCUCUGCUGAUACACCAUUUCCGUGCCCGUUCUCGACUAUCCUCCACCAGCACCAACAAAUUUGGGAUAAGUUGAUGGUGGCUGUUCAACAAUUCAUGGAGAGAAACUGUGAAGAUAUAGUGUGGUGUCUCAAGGUUAAAGCAAAUGAAAUCACCAUCCCUCCCUUUCCAAAAGAGGAGGACAAAAUUGUAGUUGGAUUAGUAAAGUUAUAUGGUAAGAAGUGGUGGCCCCCCUAUAUGGCAGUAAGCAUUCCUGAAUGCUCUGGAAAACAAUGUCAAGAAAGGCUGUUGAAUGGAAAUAUGAUCAACAUCCAUAAAGUUUACAGAAACAUAUGGAUGAAGCUGACCAAAUCCUUGCCCACGAGAGCUAAGAGUGUCGUCAAGAAGCAUUGGGGUACUUCUACUUUUCCUGGCAAGGAGAGAUUGGGUCCACUUUCGGCUUCAGGACUAGAUUCACAGUUUCAUUGCCCGUCUCUUGUGGGCCUUCAUAAUGGCCCAACAAUAUAUAUCUCGUCUAAGGUCUUGCCUGGAAGAAGUGGGCCCGUACGAAUUCCAGCAACAAAAAGGCCCGAGUCGAGGAAUAAGGAAUCAGCCGUUAGAAGAUGCAGCUCAUUAAUUAUGGUCGCAAUUCGAACCACAACCGACUCAUCGGCGACCAUGGAAAAUUUGGGCGACCAAAAGAGUCGGCCAUGCGACGAUCAACUGCUUGCUCACUGCCCCUGCACCUGUUUACUGGCUUCCACUGUAAUCAGAUUGUUUCGGAGGACCACUGGUUAUGUGAUAUGGCCUCCUGAGCCAGGACCGUUGAGGGAAGAACAGGCUGAGAAGUUGAUAUGGAUCAUUCGACAAUUCACGGAGAGAAAUUGGAAAGAAAUAGUGGAGUGUCUCAAGGUUCAAGCAGAUGAAAUCAUCAGCGGUCCCUUUCCAAAAGAGGAGGAUAAAUAUAUAGUUGAAUUGGUCAACACGUAUGGUCAGAAGUGGUGGUCUGGUAUGGCAGUAAAAAUUCCUGGAUGCACCGGAAAACAGUGUCGAGAGAGGUGGCUCAAUCAUCGUUGUUCCAACAAAAAUAAUGAAGAAUCGGUAGAGGAUGAGGAACGAGCUUUGCUCUGCACUCAUCAAGUUUACAGAAACAUAUGGUUAGAGUUGACUAAAUUCUUGCCCCAGAGAACUGAGAAUGCAGUCAAGAAGCAAUCGAGCAAGAAGAGACCGGGUGGCCCUUCAGCUUCAGGAUUAGAUUCGCAAUUCCGAGCCCUGUCUCUUGUGGGCCGUCCUAAUCCCCCAACAGCGUCUAUCUCACCUACAGGAACCCCACAACUCAAGAAGAUCGUCAAACUUAAAACUGGAAAUAGGGAAAACGCACGUCCCAGACCAGACCCAAUCAGUAUCAUCGAAAGGAGAGAAGCAACUGUCUUUUUGGAUGAGGGUUAUGAGCCUGUAGGAAUGCCUGAAUUUCAACCAGCAAACAAAAGGUCCAAGUCAACUAAUAAGUUGCUGUGUAGCCUGCACAUCAGCAGCCAGUGCAGCCUUCAGUCUAACAAAACUCGGAAACUUAUCGCGGCAAACAAAAGCCGCAAGUCGUCCAAUAAGUUGUUGACUGGUUGGGUGUUAAACUGGUUAUAUUUUCCCGCUGUCACCACUCUUCAAAUUCUCUCAGAAACGACAAGCGAAUCGCCUUUCCUCGCUACAACACUUCAGAUGUCUUUUCCUUUGAAUGUUGGGUAUGAGGUUUUGAGUGAUGAGUCCAGUCCUGAGAACAACGACAUGGAGCAAUACGAACAAUUCGGAGAGAAUAUGAAUGAUGUUCAUGAUGAAUACGUACCUGAGGACGAAUAUGGAAUAGAAAUGGAGAACCAGGAAGACGCCAGCAUGGACGACAGAGAGAGUCGAAAUGAAGAGUCUGCAGAAAAAGAAGGUGAGGUUGUAGAAAGGCAUGUUCUGUUAGGCGUGUGCGGAGGUGUAUCAGCUGGCAAGGUCAUGGAUAUCUGUAACAGUCUGCGUGCUCUGAAAAACAAUAAGGUUUGUAUUAAGGUGGUGCUAACUGAAUCUGCCUUGCGCUUUAUCGACCGGACCAAGCUGGCGAUGCAGCUUCAAAUAUACACAGAUGAGGAGUUCUGGAAGUUUCUUAAUCUGCACGGCCCAAAUCCCUUAUACACAACACUUGUAAAGGAGGCAGAUGUUCUUGUUAUUGCGCCCUUAUCUGCAAAUACACUGUCCAAGGCAGCCAUUGGAAUGUGCGACAAUCUACUGACGUGUAUCAUGAGGGCUUGGCCUUGGGUCGGUGUGAAUUCCAAAACAGUGAUCCUCUUUCCAGAAGUUCAACCGAUAAUGUGGAUUCACCCAACCACACAAGAACAUGUGGCUACAUUGCAGAGUUGGGGAGCAAAGUUCGGUCACCCGGCAACUAACAAUGUGAUGGCUCCACCAGAGGACAUUGCUGGUGAUGUAGCAGCAUUCAUGAACUGGGGUGAGGGCUGAAUUUAUAGUCUUGCUAAUACCGUGCGGGUUUAAGUGAGGUAGGUAAACAUGCUGAAGUUUCGAAAUCGGAGUACAUUUAGCGAUUGAGAAAUCUUGAUGAAUUCGGGAGAAAAGUUUUUACCUUGAGAAGAGCUGAAGAGGUAUUAUAAAGACUUGGUGGAGUUGUUGGUUAUGAGGUUUUGUACAGGUUUAUGUGCUAAUUCUGUUCUCAUAGAAAGAACUGUGAAUUCUUGUAAGGAAAUGUGUAAUAUUUCCGUAUAUGUCGUGGAAUAGAUGUAUGUUGUUCUAGAUAUACACAACUAUUUGCGUGCAUUUGUUUGCGUGCUUGGAUGGAGAAGAUAGGGCACAAGUUUUUUCGAUUAAAAAAAUAUCCAUG